UUCAACCGCAAAGGCUCCAAGAUGCCGCGUGUCAAGCCCACCAAGAAGGUAGAUGUCCUGGGAAAUUUGGACCUCAGGCCCGAGGAAGCAGUGGGUGACUUUCUAUGCUCCAAGCAGCAGGAUAAGUACUUUGUGUAAAAUACCCCCAACGCUGAUUCCGCCGGGGAGUCUAUCGAGUUAAUUUAUGUCAACAAUGUCCGGGAACACGAAAGUAUGCUCAAGUUGCAGGCCGAGAUGCUGGACAACGCGAAGCGGCAGACCAAACUGAACUCCUCUCGGGUGCGGAACAUGUACAAGGUCCAGGAGCAGUUGAGGAGCCGCUUCAUCGAAGUCAAUUCCUUCAUAAAGGACUGCGGGGACAAGAAGCGGACGGCGGAGAAAAUCGCGGCGGAGGAGACCAUCUACCACAAGGAGCUGGGCGAGGACAUUGAGAGCUUUAAGAGCUCGAUCGAUGAGCUAAAGGCCUUCCGAGAGGCCCUCAAGUCCACCGUCGAGGAGUUCGAGCCCUACGAAAAGGUCCUUGACGAGGUGGUGAAGGUCUCUGACAUGUUUGUUUCCCCAAAGGAUUGCAUUGAUCGCUGUGAUACGCUACUGCUAGCUCAGAAGGAAAUAAGCCAACUGGAGCAACAGAAGCUGUCAGAAAUCGAGGAGAUGAGGAAGCGGAUGGUGCAGAUCACCAACGACGCAGCCCUGACUGUUUUGGGUCUCAAAAACGAUCUUUCUAAGAUGGAGCGGUCGUAUAACGAGUCCAGGAUACAAUGCCUCAAGUGGGAAAAGAUUCUGGCCACGAGCAAGUGUGCCAUAUCCGAUGGCUUCAUGGACAAGAAUCGUACCCUGGAUGCGAUUAAUAACUUGUACCGAAUGCUGUGUCGGCGACGAGACAUACCUGGAAAGACGAAUCGGAAUGAGUUUGACAUGCAGUUGGAUGUCAUAAAGAAUGAGGUUGAGAUACUGAGCGGAGUCUUAAAGCAAGUCGAGGCUAAUAAAAGCAAAGUGAAACAAGUUAACGAUCAGGAUGCUUAG